AUGGAAGGUGGAUCCAGGACGGGGGACUACGGUGAUGAGCGGGCGCAAACGAGCGGAAAUGAGAAUGCCUUCUUUGCUCAUUCUUACAUGGAAGCAAGUCUUCCCCUUCUUCCCACAGCGACGGCAGAGACGGCGGUCGAGAGACUCACCGAUGACCUCCUCGUGGAGAUCCUCUCGCGCGUCCCGGUCAAGUCGCUCUGCCGCUUCAAGUGCGUCUCCAACCACUGGCUGAGCCUCAUCCACCACCCGGAACACCGCAAGAAGCUCCCCCAGACACCGGCCGGCUUCUUCUACGGCAGCGCCAUCACCAGCGAGUGGCUUCUGAAAUCCCCUGUCCACUUCACCGAUUUCCCGGGGAGACUUUCCCCUCCGUUCGACACCUCUUGCACCUUCCUGCCCGACCAUGGGCGCGUCGAACUAUUGGACUGCUGCAACGGCCUCCUCCUCUGCCGCUGGUAUGACGCAAAGUUUUAA